GGUUAUACAGGGUAGACAUUAGGGUCAAACUUAACAAAUUCGCGGAAGUAGUAGUGAAUGUUAAAACGUCACCACCUAGUACUCCGUGAGUUAUUGCAAACUAUUAGACAAUUGACGUAAAGCUGAGUAUUCAUCCUUAGAGCAUGUUAAUGGAAUCCCUUUAAGUGUGUUUAUAAGAUAGUUAAAGAAUGUUUAAGAAGUGGGGAACGUGGCUUGGAGUAGAAACCGAAAAUGGCCAAGAAGAAGACGAAGAAGAAGAAGAAGAAGGAGCGUCUAUUGUUGUUGUUAGUGAAGACACGAAUGUCCCCCGAAACACACCGACUGCUGUCUCUGAAAGGGAGCAGACCGUUGCUCAACCGCCUCAGCUUCUCCAAAAAGCUAAGGGCUUCAGUGGCUACAUUUAUGAUUUCGCCAGCAGUGCCUCAAAGAAACUGUCCGAGUCCGUCGUCGAAACAGCACAAACCCUAAAGAAAAGUGUGGAGGAAGGGAAGAUCAAUGGAAUUAUUGAUAAGACCAUUUUGGGUGAUUUCCAGAAAGAACAAGAAAGAUUUGUUGAAGAGAAAAAAGCUAAAACAUCUGGUGCUGCUGUACCACCAUGGGUUGGUCAUAAUGAAGAGGAAACCAUACAGCAACAGAUUUUAGCGCUCUCAGCUGACAAAAGGCAUUUUUUGCGAGAUCCUCCGGCUGGGGUGCAAUUUCACUUUGACUUUGAUCAAAUGUAUCCAGUCGCCAUGGUGAUGUUGGAGGAAGACGAGCUCCUUCAGAAGAUGCGCUUCCAUCUGGUCCCCAAACAGGUGAAAGAGGAAGCCUUCUGGAAGAAUUACUUCUACCGUGUGUCUUUGAUCAAGCAGUCCGCUCAGCUCACGGCUCUGGCAGCACAACAGGCCGCUGAACGGAGAGACGUGGCGAGGACCGGCUCCAGUCCUCCUGAGACUCCUCAUCAAAAGGAUGUAGUUAAACGGAAAGCGCCCCCUGCUGUCUGCAGUAUCAAACCAAAGUCAAGGGAGGAAGAAGAGGAGAUCUCCGCCAGCCCGCCCGGGACUGAAUUUGUGAGCGAGGCUUUUGACUCAUGCAAGAUAAAUGAGGACGACCUGCGCAAAGAAAUGGAACAGCUGGUUCUGCUACCGAGCACACAUCAGGCGGAGACCCCUGACUGGGAGAGAGAGCUGCAGGAGGAACUUCAGGAGUACGACGUGUUGGCCGAUAACGACAACCGGGACGACAACUGGGACAGGGAGAUCGAAGAGAUGCUAAUGGAGGACAGUUAGAAGACUCACACAGUGGGCCCCAGCCUUAACUUUGUAAAGACCCCUUUAAAGUUCAGACGCAGCCCUCACCUACAGAUGUAUUGCUCCCGGCGGAGUGCUUCAUUACAAUAUUGGUCUUCUAACAACUCUCAGGGCAGAGAAAUACCACUGAACAUCGUCAACAUUUCAGUGUAGUAUAUCUGCGGCCUAUUUCUGCCGCCUUAAAAGUUGUAUCUGUUAAUAUUUAGUCUUUUCAGUUAAAAGAAGAGGAUAUACUGUCCUACAUGUCAGGUUCAUAAUGUGAUACGGAGGCACGCCUACACUGAGCUUUAAAAAAUUGCCUUAAACUCGGCUUCGGAGAAUUGAAGUGAGACUGUAAUUAUUGCUUAGCUUUUAAGCUGAAUGGUGGCCACUGUUGACACAAAUGGCUAUUACAGGAUAAAGGCAAAUGAGGAAAGUAAAGAGAAGGAGUCACAAACUCAACAACCUGAUUCAGCAACGUCUUUUGCACAGCAGUAUCUGCCUAAAGCUCGAUCUGCCUAGAGAAAUUAAAGUUACCAAUACCAAUGUUAAUUCCAACACUAAAUUGUUGGCAUUACAGUUGGCAUUAUUUGCAUGUCUAAGUUGUUUUGUACUUUUUUUCAGAAAAUGGUGGAGGUAGAAUGGGAUUAGUCUUCUUUCAAAAGUUACAUAGGCUCAAUUUAUUAAAUUAUCAUGAACCACGACAGGUGAUAUUUCAUGUGCACCAGUAGAGUAUUUUGACUGAGCCAACUUUUUUAUAUAGACAGUAAAUUAAAUUGAUGCUGUGAUUGUUGCUAAUAAUAUGUGUUAGCUUAAUUUAAUCUACCGUUUUAUGAUGUGUUGACAGUGCUUUACGGUAUAGAAUGUACUUCACACUCAUACCUGUAACACAUGUAUUUUAUCAAAAUGACAACAUGGAUGACUGAACAUGUAGAUUUUUUGUGAUUAAAUGCACAUGCACACGUAUACAUGUACUGUAGAUGCUGGUAUAAUGAGCUUUGUGCUCUUCCUGUCUGCUUUUUUUUACUGUAUAUGCAAACUUAAAUGUAGUGUUACUUUUUUAACCUUAACAUUUACUUCUUUCUAAAAAUGUGUUGACUUUUUCUUACACUAAUGCAUGUGAUCCUGUUAAGAUGUAUGUGCGUUGUUUUUGGAUACAGUGCUGUACUAGACAUAUAGAAACAUCAAACCAGA